CACAGAGCACCGAAGCGUACUGUGCCAAUGGUAGUGCUCAGCGUUUUAAAAUCGAAACGUGAUCUGAGCGCUUUUUGCACCGACCGUGGUCCCACAGCGAUUACCCAGCGCUACUUGUGUCUAAUGUGUAACAUGUAACCCUGGCAGGUUCAGGUCACAAGUCUUUGGGGCAUGGGCAGCCUUUUUGCGCCCUUGCGUGCCUUGGACAAGCCCACAUAAACGUGAAUCAAGUAUAAAAAAGUGGCGGCAUGCCACGCACUCGGAGUAUGUUUCCAUCGCUGAGCACUACGCCUCGUGUUUGUCUCCGUUGGACUAGACUCUAGUUGGACUAAGCUGGACCAGCGUUUAGUUGGACUUGGUCGUUGUAUUGCGUCAAAGUAAAAGAGAAAAUAGAAAAAAAAAACAUUCAAGGGUAUGGAGAGGCGCAUGGCUGUCGUACGUGAUCUAGCUCUUCAACAAAAGCAAAACUAGCGUAUCGCCCAUAUCAGCACGCCGCAACCACGGCGAUAGCAAAGACGACCUACGAUCUAUCUCGUCAGACUGGGAAUGCGUGUCGGCCAAAAAUGACUUCGUUGCUUAAGUUCCGCCAAGUCUUCAAAUCCACACAUUGCGCUGUUAUUGGCAUGAUACAUGUGCCAGCUUUACCAGGUACACCUUUCAACAAAAUGAAAUGCAGUCAAAUUGUGGAUACAGCUUGCGAAGAAGCAGAAGUGUACAAGAAAUGCGGUGUCGAUGGUGUCCUUGUAGAAAACAUGUUUGACAUUCCCUAUGUCAAACCUAAUCAGGCUGGACCAGAAUUGACUUCUUUCAUGACACGUGUCUGCACAGAAGUAAAAAGGAUACUUCCUUCUUUGCCCUGUGGUGUACAAAUACUUGCUGGAAAUAAUAAAAGUGCACUAGCAGUUGCAGCAGCCACAGGUUUUCAGUUUGUGCGUGCUGAAGGCUUCGUGUUUGGGCAUGUGGCAGAUGAAGGUAUUAUGGAAUCCUGUGCAGGCGAGCUGCUGCGCUACAGACGCACUAUUGAUGCCCAGGACAUUCUUGUGUUCGCCGAUAUAAAGAAAAAACACUGUUCACAUGCAAUUACAAGUGACAUCAGUGUCCUGGAAACAAUGAAAGCAGCUGAAUUCUUUCAGUGUGAUGGCAUCAUCCUGACUGGAGGUGCUACAGGCCUGCCACCCAGUGUCACUGAACUGCAAGAUGGAAAAGCGGAAGCAACAGUGCCCAUAUUGCUUGGAUCAGGAAUUACAGAGAGCAACAUUGAAGACUUUUUUGCAGCAGAUGCAGUGAUUGUGGGAUCAUCAUUUAAGCAUGGAAAUGCCUGGAGUGGCACACUGAAUGGCCUACAGGUACAGGCAUUCAUGGAAAAGAUACACAUGUUACGUCAAACAUUAUAGGCGUCUCAACUCUGCAGAAUUUAAUUAAACACAGAAUAAAUGAAGACAGCUUUGUACUGGGAUGUGGCAUAAAUAAAAGUUUUAAUUUCUUUCUUC